AUGCAAACGCUCGUGCUCGUGCUCGCCCUGGUUGGUACAGGCUUCGCCGCCUGCAAUACGUGGCCGAAUGGGACCGAUACCAAGCUCCACUGGUACCAGUGCAACAGUGGACCAGUGAUGUUCUACAAUGCGACCCCAUACGAUGAGUCAGGCAAAAACUAUGAGUAUCCGAUCCAUCUCGGAAAGCCGAUUAUGAUGAAAUGCGACAUCUUGAAUCCUACACAUGUCUACAAAUCGCCAAAUCUGAAGCUUACCAUUAGCCUGUGGUCAUGGGGAACUCCUCUCGGCACAUGUGCGUGGAGUUCAUUGCCUACACUCGGACUACUGAGCAAUUUGGACGCUUGCUCUCACGGUAUUCCAUGUCCGAUCCAACUUGGUCGACAAGAACUUGAUGUAAUGGUCGACUUUACCAAGUACCAAACAAUUAUCAACAUGCUGAAGGACGACGAGCCAUAUCAGUUGGAAUACGCCAUGCACGACAAAACCAGCAAUGACGAUAUAUGCUUCAUGGCUCAAGCUAGAGCGAGACUUCAAUAG